AUCCUCGGCCGCUGGCCUCCGCUCCUCGGCUCCUUCCUCCUCCCGGCCCCUCCGGUUGCGGGGGGCGCGCACCUCCGGCAGCAGGAUGAGCCGGCAGGUGGUCCGCUCCAGCAAGUUCCGCCACGUGUUUGGCCAGCCAGCCAAGGCGGACCAGUGCUACGAGGAUGUGCGUGUCUCCCAGACCACCUGGGACAGCGGCUUCUGCGCUGUCAACCCCAAGUUCGUGGCCCUGAUCUGCGAGGCCAGUGGGGGAGGGGCCUUCCUGGUGCUGCCCCUGAGCAAGACUGGACGAGUGGACAAGAAUGUGCCUAUGGUCUGUGGCCAUACAGCCCCUGUGCUGGAUAUUGCCUGGUGCCCGCACAAUGACAACGUCAUUGCCAGCGGCUCUGAGGACUGCACAGUCAUGGUAUGGGAGAUCCCAGAUGGGGGUCUGGUGGUGCCUCUGAGGGAGCCCGUUGUCACCCUGGAGGGUCACACUAAGCGCGUUGGCAUCGUGGCAUGGCACCCCACAGCUCAGAACGUGCUGCUCAGUGCAGGAUGUGACAACGUGAUCCUGGUGUGGGACGUUGGUACUGGGGCAGCCGUGCUGACACUGGGCCCAGAUGUGCACCCAGACACCAUCUACAGUGUGGACUGGAGCCGCGAUGGUGGCCUCAUCUGUACCUCCUGCCGCGACAAGCGAGUGCGCAUCAUCGAGCCCCGAAAAGGCACUAUUGUGGCUGAGAAGGACCGUCCUCAUGAAGGGACCCGGCCGGUGCAUGCAGUGUUUGUAUCAGAAGGCAAGAUCCUGACCACAGGCUUCAGCCGCAUGAGCGAGCGGCAGGUGGCGCUGUGGGACACAAAGCACCUGGAGGAGCCACUGUCCCUGCAGGAGCUGGACACAAGCAGCGGCGUUCUGCUGCCCUUCUUUGACCCUGACACCAAUAUUGUGUACCUCUGUGGCAAGGGUGACAGCUCCAUCCGGUACUUUGAGAUCACCUCCGAGGCCCCGUUCCUGCACUAUCUCUCCAUGUUCAGCUCCAAGGAGUCCCAGCGCGGCAUGGGCUACAUGCCCAAGCGUGGCCUGGAGGUGAACAAGUGUGAGAUUGCCAGAUUCUACAAGCUACACGAGCGGAAGUGCGAGCCCAUUGCCAUGACCGUGCCUAGAAAGUCGGACCUCUUCCAGGAGGACCUGUACCCACCCACAGCAGGGCCUGACCCCGCCCUCACAGCUGAGGAGUGGCUGGGUGGUCGGGAUGCCGGGCCCCUCCUCAUCUCUCUCAAGGACGGCUACGUACCCCCAAAGAGCCGGGAGCUGCGGGUCAACCGGGGCCUGGACAGCUCUCGCAGGAAGGCAGCCCCAGAAGCUAGUGGCACCCCUAGUGCGGAUGCCAUGUCCCGGCUGGAGGAGGAGAUGAGGAAGCUGCAAGUCACGGUGCAGGAGCUACAGAAGCGCUUGGACCGGCUGGAGGAGGCAGUCCAGGCCAAAUAGAUAAUGCAGGGUCUUUGGCCAAGGCCAGCCACUCACACCCACCCAAGUCAGCCAGCAUGGCAGAGGAGAAAAACAAUAAUAAAAUGGCUUUAUUUUCUGGUA